AAUAAGCAACAAGCCCCCUGGUUUUUGUUAUGUCUAUUCGCUGCUUAAUUUUGUCUGAAGGAAAAUCAAACUAUCAGAAAAACUUCUCUUUUGUAUUUAUAAUAUUGAUUAUUGUAGAAAACUUAGACAUUAAUAGAAAGUGUAAAAUAAGGAGAAAUACCUCUAUCUAGUCUCGUGGUCUACUUCCUUUACCUAAUACUUUGUCAUAUUUCCUAAGUGUUCUCUGUAGUCAUUUCAGUUUUGGUUGUAUCAGCUUUUUGGAGUGGUAACUUACUUAUCUGGAGUGUUAUUGUAGAUGUUGUGUGUUGCUUUCUUAUCCUAAAGAGCACUGGGGUAAAGAACUUUGUUUAUAGAAAUAUCGGAUAACACUUGGACUCUAACAAUAAUACUUACUGGCUUUAACAAACACGUACUUUGGAGCUGCCUUGAUUUGAUUCUCCUACCAUGGCCGGAAUUCACCUUGAGUUUGUUUUUAACCACUAAGAGGCCUGUCUUGCCUGAACCCUUUCCUAAGAUGUGUUUAGGCUGGAGCUUGCAUUCAGUAGGCUUGAUGAAACGUGGUGUGGCUAGCAGUUUCUUCCUUUUCUUUUCUUAGGUUCUGUGAGUCACAGCUUUUGUCUAGUGUAGGUUUAUUCAUUCAGAGAGUACUCAGUGUUUAGUAAAUGAGGGAUUUAGUCCGACACAGGAUCAGCAGUCGCAUCGGAGAAGGCCAAGAAAUGGUUGAUGCCGUGUGGAAGGUGGUUGUUUCAUCGAUCCUGUUUAUGGUCAGCCCUGGGGAUGGACUGUUUCGCUCCUUAUACCGAGGUGCUCAUGUUUCCAAGCCAUUCAAGGGAAAUGCAGGCCAGCCUCUAUUUCUUAGCCCUUAUAUCAAAGCUGGGAAGAUCAAGGAGGGGCAAAAGAAGAGCACGGUCAGUCCUUUCCCUGGAAUGAGCCUGAAGAGUUACUCCGGCUACCUCACGGUGAAUAAGACUUACAACAGCAACCUCUUCUUCUGGUUCUUUCCGGCUCAGGUAGAUCCCAAGAAUGCCCCAGUAGUCCUCUGGCUUCAGGGUGGUCCUGGAGGUUCAUCCAUGUUCGGACUCUUUGAAGAACAUGGGCCCUAUGUUAUCACACGUGACAUGACUGUUCUUGCCAGAGACUUCCCUUGGACCACUACCUUUUCCAUGCUUUACAUCGACAAUCCGGUGGGCACAGGCUUUAGCUUCACCGACAGUCUCCAGGGAUACGCCGUCAAUGAGGACGAUAUCGCCAAGGACUUGUACAGUGCACUGAUUCAGUUUUUCAAGUUGUUCCCCGAGUAUGCGACGAAUAACUUUUAUGUCACUGGGGAGUCUUACGCAGGGAAAUAUGUGCCGGCCAUAGCGCACUACAUUCACACCCUCAACCCCUCAAGGGACUUCAAGAUCCACCUGGAAGGAAUCGCCAUUGGAGACGCAUAUUCUGAUCCCGAAUCGAUUAUAGGAGGGUAUGCAACAUUCCUGUACCAGAUUGGCCUGUUGGAUGAGGAGCAGCAAAAGCACUUCCAGAAGCAGUGCAGCAAGUGCAUAGAGCACAUCAAAGAGCAGAACUGGAUAAAGGCCUUUGAAAUCCUGGAUAAGCUGCUGGAUGGUGAUUUAACAAACGAUCUCUCCUACUUCCAGAAUGUGACAGGAUGCACCAAUUACUACAACUUCUUACAGUGCACGGAGCUGGAGGACCAAAGUUACUAUGGGAAAUUCUUGUCACUCCCACAAGUGAGAGAAGCCAUCCACGUGGGAAACCGGACUUUCAGUGACGGUGCUGAUGUUGAGAAGUACUUGCGAGAGGACACACUGCAGUCGGUGAAGCCCUGGCUGGUUGAGAUCAUGGAUCACUACAAGGUUCUGCUCUACAAUGGCCAACUGGACAUCAUCGUGGCAGCCGUCUUGACAGAGCGCUCCUUGAUGACCAUGAACUGGAAGGGAUCAAAGGAAUACAAAACGGCACAGAGGAAGGUUUGGAAGAUCUUCAAAUCUGACAACGACGUGGCUGGUUAUGUGCGACAAGUGGAUAAAUUCUGCCAGGUAAUUGUCCGAGGUGGAGGACACAUUUUGCCCCAUGACCAGCCGCUGAGAUCUUUUGAUAUGAUCAGUCGAUUCAUCUUUGACAGAGGAUGGGAACCUUAUAAUUCAUAAACUACUUUCCUUAAAUAGCUAUGAGUUUUAAACACAAGAGAUUAAAAAAUAAAGAUGUCAUGUAAAUAAGA